AUGGAUUCGGAUUCUAUAAGUUCUAUUGAGGAUUCGCCAAAUUGCACCAAUAAUGCAAUGUCAUCAGAUGUACGAGAAAUAAAAUUAAUGCUGUUAUCUGGAGAUAAAAAGCAAAUAAUUCAAUCAAUAGAAAAAAUUAAAGUUUAUUUAAAUGAGGAAAAUACAUUGGUUUACUUAAUAACUUCAGACAUUGCUGAUGCUGUUCAUUAUUGUUUAGAACAUUUAAUUCAACAUUCAGAAUUUUUUAUUCAAAAACAUUCUUGGUUUGUGAUUGAAUCUCUUGUUAGAUCUGCACAUUUUUUACUUAAAGAUUCCAAUCAACAUUCUAUAUUAAAAACAAAAACUCUAGAAAGUAUUUUGAAUGCACUUCCAGAAUUACUCAAAAGUGGAUUUACAAACGUACAAAAUAAAUAUCAAAUCGGAUGUAUUAUUUUAAAUAUAAUAAAUUUAAAUUCGUCCGUAUUAAAUUAUUCAAAUUUUGAAAUUAUCAUGGAAAAUUUACUUUCGUGGAUGAGUAUAAUAGAUGAAUUUUUUUAUUUGGAACAUCCAAUAAAAGACGAUUUAUUUUUUCUUUAUGAAUUUCUUUGUCACUCUGUUUUAAAGUAUAAAAAAAAACUAUCUUUUGUUAAAGACUAG